AUGUCACAAUCCGGGGCUAACAAUCAGCUGGGACCCAAGACCACACAGAAAGAUCAACUGGCGACGGAGAGUGAGGGCGAGGAUCUGUCUGACCUAAUUUAUCUCAACUUGCAGGAAGGAAAUCCACUCGACGGUGGUGGCAUCCGCAAGUUUUUGCCCGAGGGUCUCUUGGUUAAAUACCUUACGGAGAAGUCGAUCCGAAAGAAGCUGGAAGAAAACAAUCCCUCUGCAAGCAAUGUCGAUGAUUUGGUUACCUUUAUUGUCCACCACGCACGGAAGAUCUUCGCAACUCUUAUUCGCUCGAACUUUGAGGGAGACAAGCUGUGUAAAGCCAUCCGGGACUUUCGAGAUCACAACAUCACCGAUGACUUCCUGCCAAUUACCGAAACGAAAAUGGAGAAAGUCCCUUUCUUCAAGAAAAAAGGACAUUGGAGCCUGCAGACGGUAGCAGACUUUUGCGAGAAGCAAUGGACCUUUCUGGCACCUGUACUACCACCACCGGAGAGGGACGGUGUACCUCUGCUAAAGGUAGACGCCUUGACAAUUCUCCCUUUCAUUGAAGCGAAACUCGUCGAUCAUGGCGCGUUCGGGGAGGUCUACAAAGUUAUGCUGUGCCCAUCAAACAUGCUUACGGAACACCUGCAGAACUCAUACAUAGCAGUCAAGCGUUUGAAAGAUCCAAAUCCCGAAGAUGAACAGUCGCAGCGAAAUCCGGGUCAGCAAUGGACAAGGGAAGUGGAAACGCACGCCGAAAUCCAACGCACACAUCACCCCCACAUUAUCGAUUUCAUUGCCGCAAUCGAGAGGGGUACGGCUCGCUACCUUCUUUUCAGUUGGGCGGACCAAGGCAAUCUCGAGUCACUAUGGAAGAAACACAAAAGUCCUUUACUCUCGUCGAUGCUCGUUGAAGAUGUAAUUCGGCAGCUCCAGGGCCUUGCGGAUGCACUUGAUACAUUGCACUACUGUGGGGGAAAUAGUGAAGACACCAAUAGCUCUUGGAGACACGGCGAUGUCAAACCGCAGAAUAUUCUCUCCCGAUCUAAAAAGAAAGUCAACGAAUCCACCAAACAGCCCGGAUCAGAAGACCAGCUCGACAUUGGUCAUUUGAUGAUGUCUGACCUCGGAUUAGCCAAGCGUCAUUUUGUUGCAACAGAGGUUCGAAACGAUCGUACAAGCACUCGAUCAACGACGUUUAGAUAUUCGCCGCCCGAGAUAUACACGCUGGAAAAGUUUGAACCGAUAGCACGGUCCAGACGCUACGAUAUCUGGUCAAUGGGCUGUGUGAUUCUGGAGUUUUCCAUCUGGUUGUUGUAUGGCUGGCACGCACUAGAUGAUUUCAACAAGAAGAUCAUCACCGCUGACUGGGGAGAACAAUGCCCUUGGUUCACAACAACUAUCGAACCUGGCAAGGGUAAAACGGCAAAGCUUCAUGGUAUUGUCGAACACACAAUCAACUUUAUUCUGAAGGAAGAUCCAGAGUGCCGGGAUCAAACAGCGUUACGCGAGUUGGUAGAACUCGUGCGAGACAAAUUGCUAGUUGUUGAACUUGGCUCUCCGAAAUCUUUGCGAAAGAUUCCGAGUUCCUGUAGUGGUCUCAGUGAUACUACCCCUAACCCAAGCAUACAGGAACAGGUACAUGUACCUACCAUCCAGGUUCCCGCGUCCGAAGAGAACAAAGUGGAUGGCGACAGCACCACGAAAGUACGCGCCGAAUCCAAGGAUGUUAAUGACGCACUCCAACAGAUCAUCAAGAAAGGCCAACAAAACAAGAAGUAUUGGUUCACUGGGAAAGACCGCACCGGUAUCAGACUUGACAUGAUUCGUAUCAUGACCGCUGCAGGAUCGGGCUAUCUCGCGGGGUUGUUCCCCGAAAGUCAUGCUGAAGCAAGACUAUGUGUCAAAUGUCAGGAACUGGAUUUCUUCGCCCCGAAAUUCACCAUUCAAGAUACAUGGCAAGAUCUUGCGACCAACCAAGCAAGAUGUGACUUUUGCGAACUACGAUGGCGAGCAUGCCUUGAUAGAAAACUUGACUCGACAAGGAAAUCCACAACUGAAAAUCAGCCGAACACCAGCCGUAUCAAAAUUGGUCUGCCUAACCUGACUGUAACAAGCAAUCAGCACUUUGCGCUCAUGCGCCGAUGGCUUGAGGACUGCGACGACCAACAUCAAUGUAAACCGCACGCAAAAAGCACGGUGCCAACUCGAGUUUUGGACCUCGGCGCCGGAAGAGAGCACAUUGUUCGUCUGUACAGGACCAGGCCAGGGGACUCUUUCAGAUAUAUCGCACUUUCCCACUGUUGGGGAAAAGACCAACAUUUCACCACUACCACGUCCAACAUUAAAGACCACAUGAACAGCAUUCCGAUGGACAAGCUCCCGAAAACAUUCCAAGAUGCCAUCCGAACAACACGUGAACUGGGUAUCCAGUACCUCUGGAUAGAUUCCAUCUGUAUCGUCCAAGGCGAUCACGGUGAUUUCGACAAGGAGGCGAAGAAGAUGGAGUAUGUCUUCAGUUCCGCCUACUGUGUUCUCGCGGCAAGUAGCGCACGCAGCCAGACGGAAGGCUUUCUCAACCCACGAAAGUCAAGAACUGUUGUCAACCUGGGGAGAAAGAAAAACGACAUAGGAGUAUACGCAACCCCCUUCUCAGACGACUUCAAGAAGCACGUUGUCAACUCCCCACUUAGUGAGCGUGGUUGGGUAUUACAGGAGAGGGCAUUGGCGAGGCGAACCAUCUACUUCACUGAGUGGCAAACGUACUGGGAAUGUGGACAUGGGAUACGAUGUGAGACACUGACCAGCAUGGAUAACAAACUCAUCUCUUUCCUUGGCGACCCAAACUUCCCGUCCAAACUCUCAGAUGGCACAAGCGAUCGCGGCGAAAAGAUCCGCUUCUAUGAGGGUCUUUACACACAAUACUCCCGUCUCACGCUUACUAAUAGCAGUGAUCGCCCCAUCGCCAUCGCCGGACUCGAAAGGAGGCUUAUUCAUGAUCUCAACUGCUCUGGCGGAUUCGGCGUCUUUGAUGACCAACGCAGUCUGCUACAGAGAAGUCUUCUCUGGCAGCGAGGCGAAACGAUUCCCACCCUAGAGAGGAUCCGGCACCCUCAGGUGCUAUUUAGGGUGCCCACCUGGUCCUGGAUGGCGUACAAGGGAGGUAUCGCCUAUCUGGACCCCCCCUUUGGCAGGGUCGAUUGGAGAGUUGCAGAGAUCAGGGGAAACUGGUAUGGGCAAGGCAGCAACAGGGCCGAGCUGAGCGCCAAGACGAGGAAGUUCCGGAUGGGCGAAACGGGGACGGAAGACUUCAACAUCACUUGGGAUAUCCCUGGCGAGAUUGACAUUGAAAAAGCUGUCAUCAGGUGUGUCGUGGUCGGGAAUCUGAAGCAGAGGGACCCGAAGCCGAUGAAGAGCACUCACUACGUCUUGAUCGUCAGAUUGAGGGAACACGGCGCGGAAUUGGCGACGGAUGAGACUGAUAUCUACGAAAGGGUCGGCGUCGGAACGAUGCUUGGAAAGUACCUCGACCUGGAUAACUCGCUACAGCCAAAAUGGGACAAGAUCCGGUAA